AUGGUUACCAAGCUCUGGCAGUUGUUGGACUUGGACUUUGCUUUAAUGUUACAGAACAUUAUGAAGGCAGAUGAGAUAGCAACUGCUACGUCAAUGCUUUUAUUCUUUCAGUCAAUGGGAGGUGCUCUGAUUGUCUCGGCAGCUCAUUCACUUUCCCAAAAUGAACUUCUCAACAUAUUUCCUCACAUCAAUCCAUCAAUUAGUCCUUCCGGCAUAUCUAGCAUAGGGGCAUCUCAAGCACAAACUAAUUUUCCGCCAAGCGAGCUACCUGGAAUUGUGGCUGCUUAUAUGAGAUGGAUCCGAAUAGCAAUCGCGCUCUCAAUUGCCAUGGCUGGAACAGCAACACUAGUCGCAUUUAGUCAAGGCUGGUUUCGAAUGUAG